CGAGCCCGCCGGAAGUGACCCUGGCGCCGCCAUGUUGUGCACUGAGGAGCAGGCGGGCGCCCUCCGCCAUCUUGGGGGCGGUGGCGGCCUCAGGGCAGGCGCCAUGUUGAGUGAGGCGCGUAUUGCGUUACAAAGCGGGGUGGCGGGGCCAGGACGCCUAAAUCCCCCCUUGUUUUUGCAAGUUUAUUUGUGAAGUGAGUUGUGACCAACACAUGCUGAAAAAGCCGCUGGGGGCAAAGGUGGAGGCAGGAAGAGAACAAGGAGGAGGAGGGUGAAGAGAGAGGAGGAGGUGAAGGUCUCAGUAUUGUUACCAAACAAGGUUUUUUCUUAAAAAGGAGUUUAUGCAGCAGUGGGGGAAAUGCUGAGAGAUUUAAUCCAUGGAAUAGAUGAGGGAUGACAGGCAAGCAAUGGGUGAUGUCCACGUGUUAGAAAAACAAAAGUUUGGGGCUUGAUGUACUUUGGUGUUCUCAGACCUGGGGGAGAAAGGUUAACAAAACCUAGGAGAGAAAUUUACUGUUGAGACUUGGACACUAGGAAUGUAGGAUUUAUAAAGCACAAAGACACAGAAAACAGAUAUGAAGAGGAAACUAUCAAAGACCGUUACUGAGACUCUCCCUAUAUGGGAAAAAGAUAAUAAAAAGACUGAAAAUCAGCAUGAGAAGCAAAAAAUCAACAAUAAAUAGAAGAUAGAAUGCUAAUUAAUUAAGGGAACUAUGUAACUUGUAAACCAAUGGACACCAAUUCCUUCAUUUGCUAGAAUUUAUAAAUAGUUAAAAGUUUUGAUAACUGAUGUACAUGUUUUGUGGAGUGAUCUCCAUGUACCUCAGUGUUGAUUAAUGUUGACUUUCCAACCCAACAAACUGGUUAGAGAGUUUAUUUCACAAUUUUUGGUGACAUGGUUGUUCCUUGAACACCUUCAGGGAUGGUCAUUCUACCACCUUCCAAAAGCUUCUACCCUUCCAAAAAAAUUGCCCCCUCACCCCUCUGAGGGCUUCCCUCCCUUUCUUGUGCAAUCACUACCCAUUCUUAUGUAUUUUCAUGAUUUUUUCCUCACAGCAAAUAUAUUUAUUAAGUGAAUCACAAGCAACACACACUGAAAAAGCCACUGGGGAGGAGGGAGGAGAGAGAAGGAGGAGGAAGAGGAGGGGGAGGAAGAAGAGGAGAAGAAGGUCUUGCUAUGGCGUGAAGUGCCACCAUUUGAAGGCGAAGGGCCGUCGCUGGACAUUGGUGCCACACCGGACCUCUCCCAGGCUGCCAUGGUAGGAGGCCACCUCCUCGAGGAAGCGGCAGCUCAGACCCAGCGGCUCCAGGAGGGAGCGGAUCUGCUGCUCCAGGCAACAUUCCCCUGCCGUCACGGGGCCGAAGGGUUUGGGGAUGCCCAACUCCUUGGCCAGGACGAUCAUGGUGACCUGUGGGGUGACACCGGGGGAGGUCAGCGGUGUUGGGAUUGAUGAUGCCCAAGGGAAGGUGUUGGUCACCCUCCUCCAUCAGCCUCAGCCCUCAGCCCAUCAACACCAGUUUCUGCAGCUGCCCUCUCACAGAAUUCCAAAUCCAACGUAAUUUUCCCUUUUUUAUCAUUAAAACCCACCUCACUAUCGCAAUUUCACUGCUUUGAGAGGGUUUUUGCCUAAAACCCCACUGCAAGCAACACAAAGCCACAAAGUUAUGUUAGGCCUGCUGAAUGGAGAUAUUUCCUUUUUCUAGACAGCUGAUUUGUUUUGGGACAACUCUGGGGACUCAUCCUGGCUGACUAAGCUGGUCUUUGGAGAGGACCUGAGGAGUGGGGACCCCCUCACCGUGUUGGGGAAAUACGGCACAGCUUUGCCCUGCUUGUCGAGCUUGAAGAGGGCGGGCAGGUCGAUGAUGUCCUCCUCUGUCAAUCCCAGCUCCCUCUUGAGGAUAUCCCUGUUCCAGUCGAUGCAGCGCUGGAGGGGAUGGAGAAGGGCAGGUUGAGGGGGGACACACGUGGGCACAGUCCCCAAAACCAUGUCACGCAGGAGAAGAGCCAAAACACACCACCUCCCUUUGCACCACACUGGGGCAGUUUUUGCAAGAAAUAUAAAUUAUUACCAAAAAUGUCAGUUCUUACCUGGGCAUACUGGUUCUGCUGCGCCAGGAUGUCAUUGGAAAGGACCUUGUUAAUGGUGACUCGUUUUGUGUCUGUCCCCGAGUACCCUAAAAAUGCAACGUCCCAUCAAAAUGAAACCUGGCUUAGGAUGGGGUACACAGAUGGAUAAAGUCCCCCAUAUCCCAAUUUCCUGAGCUUGGAGUAAGGUUACUGGAGUCACAAUUCUUAGUGUAUUGGGAAAGUGAGGGAAGAAAAGCUCUGCCCAUUGGAAAGAGCACUGGAAGGAAAGGUCUUGUCAUCCAUCUUCCUGCCCACAGGAAUCACUAUCUGCUGAAUUUCUCCAGAGCAUUGACCUCUAGGAUUUGGAUCCACCCCCUGGUUUGGGGCCACCUGGGUCUUCUCAGUGACCUUGAGGGACCCGUGGAGAUAUGGAGACGUGCUUCCAACCCCAUCGUGGAUCAAAAUCCCAAAGAAAGGAUUCCCAAAGCGACAAAAGAGUGCUAAUUUGGGUAACGUGAGAGCUGCCAGUUGUCCCACUCCGUGCCAGAGCUCCACUGGCAUUUGGAGAUGCUCCAUCCCACCAACCAAGCAUCCCCUCCACGCGGAGGGCUUUAUCCCUGCCAUCCCACUCGCUUCCCAGAAUAGGCCGUGAGGAGGCUGGGGGUGGUGGGCGGCCAUCCCGUUUGCCAGCUGUGAAGGACAACCCGGUGGGACGAUGUCCCUGUGUGGCCCCGAGUCCCCCUGUCCCUCUGGCUGCCCUCGGCCCGGUUGCUGCGGCUCCGCUGACACCAAACCCUACCCAGAGCAACCCGUGUCCCCUUGCCUUUGAACAUGGUGGCUUCUCCCUGGCCUUCCUUCUGCUUCUCCCGGAAAAGCUUGUAGCAUGCGGCAGGACUGGCCAUCAGCAUCCGGAAUCGCUGCGGGAAGGCGGGAAGGAGAGGAGUCACCUGAAGGGAAUUUUCCAGAGCCUCAGGAGACCCCAGGGACUUGCUUUUGCAAAGAACCUGUGCUAAACCCCUUUGAAUUAGGUGUCUUUGCUGCUAUUUAGUGCCUUUUUUAAUGCUUGGAGGGUUUGUGGGGAACGUGUGGGCAUAAAGAUUCCUUUUUUGAGUCAUCCAGGUCAAGGCUUGGUUUUCCUGAGGGAAAAGUCUUGUGUCAGGGUUUCCCUGAGGGAAAAAUCUGUAUCAGAUGCAGCAAAAAACGUGAUAGAGGAAAGAGAAAUGUUUUGGAAACAUCUGGGAGAAGCUGAGGCACUGGGAAUCUCCAGGCUCAUGGAUUUGCUUUGGAAUCUUGAGGUUUAAAGUUCUUGGACUACCUGUACAGGCAUCAUUUCCCUUCUGUUUCUGUUAAUUAUUCGCUCAGUGAGUCCCCUUUCAUGCUCAGAUCCCUCAUUUUGGGGACAGGAGUGAAACCCAAACUGGUUGGGAGUGCCAAAGAAAUGAGUUUUGGGGUUUUUCCUAGAGGUGUCCUAAUGGGAUUAGUAUCUUGGAUGAGGAACACCAAAGGGAUGUAGGAUUUUGGGGUACCUUUUUGUCCGAGGUGGGCACGAACGUGAGGAACUCAUUGACGUUGCCCACAGCCAACCAGUCAGAGUAGAGCUCCACAGGAGCCUGGACUCGCUGGGCAUGGAGGAAGUCCCUCACCAUCCUGGUCAUCCUCCUCCCUGCGGAUCUGGCAGUGAAAUCCCCAAGAGAGGGAAUGCGAGGAUGAGGAUUUAUCCAUCAACACAUACUUGGAUGUAAAUAGCCACCAAGGUAGAGGAGACUGAGCGCGCCCACCCCUUUCACAGCCACUCAGGGAAGGUCUAAUUAACCCAAUUAACAUGACUUUGAUGAUAUUUCGGGCUCUUGUGGUUCCUUUGCUCCCAAAUCCGUGUGUUCCCCAUGCCUUACGUGGGGAAGCUGCUGCCGAUGAGGAUCCUGCCCAGGGGAUACUCCUUCCCCUCCACGGACACGGGCGGACUGACCUCCACGUUGCCGAAGGAGUCGAGGCUGGUGAUGGCUUCAAAGAGGGGCUCCUUGUGCACGUACCCGAAAUCGGAGCCCUGGGAAAAGAGGGAUCACUGCCCUGAGUCCCUCCUGCCUCUGGCGUUUGAUUCUUCAGCUGGGCUCAGACCUGCUCCAGAGGGUAAACACAGCAAGAGGGAGGCCCGUCCAUGGGUGAGGAGAGGGGAAAGGAAAGGUGAGAGGAGAAAGGUCUCUGGGUCACGGAGGCUCAGGAAUAAACGGCAAAAUACAGGAGCAGAGCUGAGGCGUUGAGAUCCCACAUCUCCUCUGCUAUCCCACAGCCAACAGUUAAGUGUCCACAUUAGGUUAAUUAGUGCCGGGGCAGCCCCGGAGCAGAGCUUCUGGAUGGCUCUUCCUGAGUGGGAUGAACUGCAGCCCCUGAGGGUGAGUCUAAGAGCCACCCAAAGGGCUGUAUGGCACUUAAAUCCUGCUUAAGCCCUGAUUUCCAGGUCUUAAUAUAUCUGGGACUGAGGGUGUUGUGCAUGCAGGGUAAUUAACUCUUGGCUGUGAUGUGUCAAAGCCCAAAGGGGAGAUUGUGGAGUUAAAAACAGGGCAAAAAUGGCAAUGAUGGGACACAAUUCCUGCCGUGGACCUGUCCUUGAUCUCCAGUUUGAGUCAACACGGGCUUGGAGCUCCCGGCAGCCCCUGGGACCAGAUCAGGUAUCUGUUAGGUUGGAGUUAAAUCCCAAUCACUUAUCAGGGUUGGGUUUCCAUGGGGAUAAACCAAAUAUACAGGUCGGGAAAAAUGAGCAGGGAGACCCGAGAGUGCUUGACUUCCAUCUAGAAAUUCCUUUUUUCAGUUGAGGGUGUUUGGAGAAGCCGGGAUAGAGAGAGCACAGCUUUCCCUGAGGCUCCCCGUGCGGUUUUGGGGAGUCUCUGGGGGAUGGCUGGGAUCAGCUCCUCUCUCCGAGUGCUGAGGGGGUACUGAGCAUGAAACACCUGCUCUCAGCUUGUUUCAGUUUAAUAAACCACGGAGCCCCUCUGGUUUCAACUGUCAAGGCACUGGUUCAUCCCAGGUUUGCGGGUUGCAUCCAAGUCCUAUCAAUUCCCCGUUGAUUUUGAGGGGCUAAUUCCCUGCCGGCUCCGUUUCCCUGGCGUGGGGUCCCAGGGCUUAGGGCUUGGCCGGGGUGUGAGGAGGACCCCGUACGUGCCGAGUUUGGCUCAAUAUUCUGAGCUGGAAGAUGAGAUUGGAACGAUAGCGGCGGGGAUUAGGGGAGGCUUCAAAGCAGAAAUCGGAGAAUAAUGUGUUAGCGGCUCCCAAGGCUGAAAUUGCUUCCCUAAGUAGGGAGCAAAGCAAUUCCUAAAGAGGGCAGAUCCGAGCGGGCGCCUGCUUAUUCGCUAUUGGCACCCGCCACAUGACUCCGAGACUCUAUGUACUCAUGUCAGGCAUGAGAAAAGAUGGAUUUCAAUGCUCCUGAAAGCUCUUAACCUUCCCCAAAGUGACAAAAAAAAUGACUCGUCCUCUUCUCCCGUUACUGGCAGAGAGAGGAUCCAGGCUGAGGCUGCUGCCAGCGCCCGCUGGGAGUAUGGGACAGCGAUUCCGUGGCUAUUUGGGGGUGUCCUGCCCUUUCUGCAUGGUGGGAUCUCAAAGGGAUCAUCUUUUUUUCCAUGCUUGUCUUUGCUGGGCUCUGCUAAAUUGUCCUCUGCGGGGUCACUGCCAUCCCGGCACGCCCUGCCCAUGGCUGGCCCUUUGCCUUGGCAAAGAAGCCCCACGGGGAUGCUGUUGGCAGUUUGUUCUCUUCCAAGGAAGUAAGUUGACCCCUCUCAUGCUUCCCUUUCCUCUCCUGCUCGGAAGCUGCUGGAUAUUCACAGGCAUAGGGGAGGAAAGGAAAAACCAGCCCACCACUGGGGUGCUGAGGGUGAAGAAUUCCAGUCCCAGAGCUUGGCAGGAAUCUUUCAUUCCCAGAGGCGUGAGCUCCUCCUUUCCUCUCUCACCAACACCUUCUGAUCCCUGCUUUGAGGAGGAGUGAAGGUGUUGGUGUGCUCCCAACUGGAAGUGGAUGGGAUGGUAUCUCCAUGCAGAGCUGUUAAACUCAUUUUCCAGGCAAUUCCUUGUAUAGCCUCCAAGGAGCCAAGUGCCAGGAGGGUUUUAGGAGUGGGGAAUUACAUGAGGAAUAAAACCUGCAAGCUGCUCCUCAGGCAAUGCAAGCAAAUCCUUCUCUUACCAGCAGCUCCUUGACGGGGAGUUGCUCCAUCCCUCUAUCCCGAGGGGAAUCCAGCACCACUGGGAAGCACUUUUGGGGAGCGUGGGUGUAGCCAAACUCAAUCUCAUCCUGAAGAAGGGAGGAAAUCCCGCAUGGGGCACAGGAAGGAAAAGCUUUUCCCUGCCUCUGGAGCCCCCCUACCUGCAUCCAGCGAUCCCCACGGUUGGUGUAUCCGAAGCAAACCUUCAGCUUGCAGCCGGCCUUGGUCACCAGGGUCUGGAUCUCCUUGGUGAACAGGUAGUUGUCCUUCAUGCUGGGAAAGGGGAUGGCAGGAGGGAAGGAGAUGAAGGGUGGAUAUUACCUCUGCCCAGCCUGUCUCCGGGACUGGUUUGGCUGGGAAUGCCCUCCCCGGCCUCACCUGCAGAGGAAGACGUUCACCGGUGCCAAGGUGUUGGGGGUCAUGAUCCACGGGGCCACCCGGAACACCACUGUGUCCGUGAAGGCUGGAGUGUGGGGGAUACCCUGAGGGAGCAGGCGGGAAUCGGGGUCUGUCCACACACUAUUCCCCCCAAAUGCCCUUCCACUGAGGUCGUUUUUGGGUUAAUUAAUGGGGAUCACUCUCCAUUCCCUCCCCAUCCCCUUCCCUGGAGCUCCCAGACCUCUGCCAGCGUCUCCAGGAGGCUGACAUGGAUGGAGACCAGCCCGGAGAAGGAAUCGUUGGGAAAGCAGAGCCCCUGGACAAAGAAGUCGAGCUCGGCAGCCCCGCCGGGGUAGGACACGGCAUGGAACAGCUUCCUGCAGCCCAGCACCUGCACAUAGCGCUGCCCAAAGAAGGGAUCUGCAAGGAAACAGGGAAAAUGGGACAAUUCCAAGCUUUCACUGGUGUUCCAAGCCUGUUUCCUUGUGCAAGGAGGACUCACAGUCCCUCUGUGCUGGAGUUUUUCCACCUCCAUGGAGAUACAACUUUGUUAGAACCACCUCAAAACAGGAUGGAAGGAUUUCGCAAUUUUGUCAUGGACAAUGAGUAUGAGGAAAAAUAUCUUGGCCUUUCCUUGGAUGGAGCAGCCACUGGGAAGGCAUUUUCAUGGAGUUUCUGCUCAUCCAUGGGAUGAAAAUGCCACCAGGCUGACAGAGAGGGAGAGCAGAGAAGAAAGGGGCAGAGGAGGAAGAGGAAGAAGAGGAAGGGGCAGAUAAGGCAGAGGAGGAAGGGGCAGAAGAGGAGGAGGGAGAGGAGGAGGCAGGAAGGACUUACUCUGCACGUGGAACACCCCAACCCUGUUGGCGUCACGGACAGAAACAGAGAGAACGAUUUCGUACCCCCGGGGCAGGCGCUGGGGCCCCUCCAUCCUCAGCACCAUCUGGGCCAUGUCCUCCAAAUCUGGGGGGCAAACAACAAAAUUAGGAGAUGUCUUAUAUGCUCCCUCCUGGAGUUUGCACCUCCUUCCCAAGAAAGCUGCUCUUCCCUCGCCACCACCCUUUGCAACCUGGAAAAACAAACCCUGCUCCUGCUGGCAAAGCCCGUGUCUUGUGCUGGGAAACAAAUGCCCUUUUUAGCUUUUAUUUUCCCUCCUCACCCCUGGCACGGCCUGUCCUUGACCUCAGAAACCUGAUGGGCACUGGCUCCAUGUGGUUUUAGUUUUCCAGGAACAGGUGGGUGUAUUCCUGGCUGCCUUAUCCCGAGCUCCUUUCACCUGUGUGAGGCAGCCCUGGUGAUUUUUUGGGCUCAACUUCAUGGCUCUGCUUGGCCACAAAUGCUUUGUGUGUUAUGAAAUGCAAAAAAAUUCCCACGUGGGAAGCAUGUCCAACAGCUGGUGGAGAGCAGCUGGUUCCUGAGCAAAAUUCUGUCCCAAAAAACGUUCGAGAGGGGGAAUCAUGGAGGAUUUUUGGGAAGCUCUGUUACCUUCUUUGUUGAACACCUGCUCAUUGUCGCAGUUGGACGCCGGAGCGGAGGGAAUCUCCUUGUCACAGCCGACCAGCAGGAUGGCCCCGUGUCCCUUGGGCCCCCAGCUCCAGCUGGCCUAGAACAGCCCACUGAGGCUCAGCAAGCUCAGCCUCACGCAAGCCCGUGGAUUUUCCAUGUGGAGGGAGAGGCGUUACCUUGUUGGGGCUGUUCCUCUCCACCACGCCGUCCUGGUCCGCGUCGACGUCCAGGGAGAUCCCUGGAUGCACAGGAUGGGUUUCACCUACCCGUCAUCCCAGAGCACGGCAAAUUUGGGUGGGAGAAAAAAACCCCCAGACCCGGCAAACGUGGGUCUACCUGUCCCCCCACCCACCCAAGGGAUCAAUGGGAUGAGGAUGGAUUGUUGCACCCAGGAGCCUCCGUACUCACCGAUGCCGGUGAGGAAGACUCCGGCUUGGGUGAUGGGCUUCCCUUCCUCUCCAUAAAAGCUGACAGUGACCUGCAAACCCCCAGAUCCCCAAUUGGAAAGGGUGUUCUCCAUCCAUGGAGGUCCCACACCCCAGUGUCCCAUCCCUCACCUUGUUGUCGUUGAUCUCGGUGCUAGGCUGGCUCAUGCUGAACCUCAGGACUGUCCCCUCCUGCAGUGGCCACCGCGUCCCACUGCCGGGCACCGGCUCGGCCUCGUCACGGCCCCGGGACACCACAUCCACACUGACCCCCUCCGUGUGCUUCACCCCAAAGGAAACCGCCCCGGCUGGGGCCGCCCUGCCAGAAACACUCCGCGUUUGGAGAGGUUUGCACCCAAAACACUCGGUUCUCACUGCAAUUAAUUCCACGGCCAAGACCGGGCACGCCGGCGUCACCACGCUCACCACCGGCUCCUGCUGCCCUUUCCUGCCUCCCUGGGAGUUUGAGCUGUCCUUUGCUUUUAGGGCAGAAGAUGCUGUUUUAGCACAAGGAGUAUUUGAGCCGGUGCAGAUUAGGAUCUAUAAUAAUCUCAACCAAGCCGCUGGAAUUAAACUUGGGUUUAAUGCCCUUCAGUGGAGAAAUCCCUGUUUAUUUUCCAGCCGGUGUUUGACAGCUCAUCACGGCACCGUGGCCACUCCACUGAGACACUUUUCCACGGGAAACUCUAGUGGGGCUGAUUUUAUCCAACUAGUUAAGAGGUGAUUUUAUCCAACCCCAAAGCUGUCGGUGCUGCCCCACUCCCAGUCCCAUAUACCCUUUCUCUUCCCCAACCACUCCGAGCAACCCCUUCCCCUCUUCUGGCUCCUUUUCCCAAAUUUCUGCUUCCCAGCAGAAGAUGCUGGUUUAGCACAUUGGUAUUUGUAGCCAUUGGUGCAGAUUAGGAUCUCUAAUAAUCCCAGUCUAAUUGGUGCUGCUGGAAUUGAACUCGGGCUUGCACUUCAGUGGAGAAAUCCCUGUUUACUUUCCAGCCUGGGCAAACCCGGUGUUUAACAGCUCAUCACAACACUGAGAGACUUUUCCAUGGGAAACUCUAAUUUGGGGCUGAUUUUAUCCAGCUAAUUUGGGGGUGAUUUUAUCCAACCCCAAAGCUGUUGGUGCUGCACGACUCCCAGUCCAGGGUGCCCUCGCUCCUCCCCAGCCACCUCGUGCAACCCCUUCCCCUCUCCUGGCUCCUUUUCCCGAAUUUCCCAGUCUUUCUAGGUUAUUAUUUUUGGGCUGUUUGCCCCGACACCCGAGAGCUGGUGCCGGAUCCCCGUUACGGCUCCAUUGCUCGGAUGGUUUCUGGAUGCCGACGGUCCCACCAAACCUGCCCCGUCGGGGAGGGGGGAGGGAGGAAACCUGAGCACUCCUUUGCUCCUGCCUGGGUGUCUCUGAAAUUGUUAAAUUACUUUUAAUUAUACAUGGAAAAACUGGUUCAGUUUCCUUGUUUCUUGGUUUUGGGAAUCCCACCAGGAAUUUGACCUGGAGAGGUGCCAGGGGAGUCGUAACUCUGCUGCUUGGCUUGAAUAUCAAGGGUGAGAUUUGCAAAAGCAGCAAAGACCAGAAUUAAUUCCCAAAUGAGCUUUUAAAUGUUUUUUCUUUUCCCCCUUGGGGGGAAAUAAUUAUCCUGAAAUUCAACAUUGGGGUUGUUUUAGGGAAGGUGGUGUGGGGAUUUCCCACUUUCCCAAGACACGUUUUUGUCGCUAAAUCUUGUUUUCCUUCCCUCUCCCAGCUGCAUCCCUUCCUUUGCAGUCCAUCCCUGUGGCUCCUGCUCAUCCCUCUGCUCUCCAGCAGCAUUCCAAGAUGAAACCGAAUCAAAUCCAGCAUGGACUCGGGAUUACAGACCACGCCGGCCUGACCCCGUGGGGAUUAAGGUGUGUUCCCUGUCCAGCACUAGGAACCAGCCGAGCAGGAUACGGGGCUCCAAUCCCAGCAGGCAGCAAGCUCAGCACCGUGCCCAGUCCAAACCAGUGCGACCAGCAGCCACGAGUGGGGAGCCCAACCUAGCUCCCUUCAGGAGAGAUGCUGCCGUGGCCAAACUCGUCCACAGAGGAUGCUCUGGGAGCUCCUCACGCGCUUUUCCAGCUCUGCUUCUGCCCAGCUCCAAGUUUUGGGGAUCCACGAGGUCCUUGAGAACCAACACAAUUCCCAAAUCUAGGAACACCAGGAGUUUGGGUUGGGCUGGCGUUUGGAAAAUGGGGUUUUAUCUGAAAUCUCCAGCAAGGAGAGCUCUGGGAGAGACCGGAAACCCCGCCGGUGCUCCCCACCGGAGCAUCCUGCCGCUCCUCCAGGCUCCCACGGGCUUAUUAAAGCUGUUCUCGCAUCCGAGACACAGAGCUGGGGUUUUGUUGCUGCAAUUAAAGUCGGAGGGAGCCCUUUAAUGUGUCCUGGCUGGGAGAUGUGUAAAGCAACCAGUUUGAUCUCCCAGGGGAACGGCGGCUCCUCCGACUGAGCACACGCCGCUCACUGCCCUGCCGGGGACAGGGCCCCCGACUCUGCUGAGUUCACUUGGACCUUCCCAACUCCCAGGGGGUCCUGCCACUCCCCAAACCAGGUUUCUCCUCAUUCCAGCCCUCUCCUGCCCAUUGCAUCCCUAAGCUGAACACAUCCCCACACGAGAAUGAACCAUGUGGCAAUGGGACACUCUCAGUCCCUGCGUUGCCUUUUCCUCCAUCUCAACUCCAUCCCCCAGACCUCCUUCCCACCUCAAUCUUGCCUGGCUUCCUCUUUGCAGGCAGGCAAAUUCUCCUGGGAUGGCCUGGAGAGAGAUGGCUAUCUCCAGCAAUGCCACCUUCCAGCGGAGGGGAUGAUUCCCAUGGUAUCUUUGCCCAAAAAACCCCAAUCCCCUGAAACACAAGGUCCAAGCGAAACACAGAGAACUUUUAAUUUCCAUGGGAAGCCUCCUGUUGGUUUGUUGUUUGUUGUUUUCCCCUUCCCUGCCAAACAAGCAGUUUUCCCUGUGCCUGUUUCUGCCCGUCUCCGGUCCUUGGGACUCCUUCUGAUGGGAAGGAGCGACCUGAGCAAACAUUUCCUUUAGUCCAGCUUUGUUCAGGCUUUGCCCUGAUGCUGCAGCCGAGGCCAUGAGUCACCUGUGCAGAGGCCACACGGAAAAUUUGGGUUGUUUUAAAGAAAAAGCUUCAUUUCAAUGAUAAUAUUGUAAUAACCCCAAACAAGCCCGUCGUGCUGCCGGAGGAGUAGCACAUGUUUAAUGCAUUAGAGCCUUGGAGGGUUUAGAUAGAGCCGUAAAGGAAUGACAAGGGGGAGAAGGAAUCCCUAAAAACUCAGUGCUGAGCAUCCCAGGGCAGGGCUGGGUGUCACCUCUGCCCCGUGUCCCCUCCCCAGGGGCACCCUAUCGCCUCCAUCUCCCCGAGCGGGGCAGCAGCUCGUUGGGUGCUGGAGGUGCUGGAGGUGGAGACGGCAGGGUCCCCUGGCCGAGCCCCGUCAUCGAGGGAAGGAGGAGUUAAAUUCCCCUGCCUUUUAAUCCAGUCCUGCUGGUUUCCCUGCAAAGCCAGGCAGCAGCUUCCCUCCCAUGCAGCCGCUGUGCCCGGCACACCAUGCCCCAGCGUCACGUCAUGCAGAUGUCCACCAACCACGCCACCUACGGCGUCUGCGUGCUGGGCACCGAGGUCUUCCUCGACACGCGCCGAUCUACCCCCAAAGCUGCCACGUCAUUCGACGUCCACGCCACCUCGGCGGUCACGGUCCACAUCAUCCACAGCCCCACCACAAAGCCCAUGAUUAACUCCAGGUGGCCCCUGGAUCCCGACAUAGAAGUCGUGGUGACAAUUGAUGUCACCAGCAGGACCGUCAAUGACAAUAAGGUUAAGAUCUCCUACUAUGGCCGGGAGGGCAACGAGCUGGCAGUGGCCUGGCUGUACCUCACGUGUGUUGAUGUGUCCCUAGACGUGGACUGGAGCCGGAGCGGCAGAGUGAAGAGCAAAGGGAAGGACAAGGCCAAGUGGACAUGGGGUCCGGAUGGACAUGGUGCUGUGCUGCUGGUCAACUGUGACCGGGACAGCCCCGGCAUGGGGGGGCUGGACAGCGGCCAGGCGGACAUACGGACCCCCGCAGACCUGAAGGACAUGUCCAUCAUGCUGCUGAGGACCCAGGGGCCCAGCGCCACCUUUGCCGAGUACCAGGUGGUCCUGCACAUCUCUGAGACAGACGCUGAUAAAGUGCGGGUUUUCCACGCUAUCCGGAGUGACUCACACCCCCACUACAAGCCCGUGCUGGGGCCGGACAAGCUCUCCUACGUGCUGGACCCUGUGGGCAGUGGGGAGGACACCUUCUACGUGGAAGGGUUGGCCUUCCCCGACAGGGGCUUCUCUGGGCUCGUUUCCUUCAGCGCCAGCUUGCUGGAGGUCCCCCACAAGAAUUCCCCGGGCACCCCGAUUUUCACGGAUACAGUGGUUUUCCGCGUGGCUCCCUGGAUAAUGACCCCCAACACCCAACAGCCUCUGGAAGUUUUUGUCUGCAGCAUCAAGCAGGGCUCAGAUUCCAACGAGGCCUUUCUAGAAGGGAUCAAAGUCCUGCUGAAGAAAGCCAACUGCAAACUGACCAUCUGCUCAGAGCAGGACACCCGGAGCGACCGCUGGAUCCAGGAUGAGCUGGAGUUUGGCUACGUGGAAGCGCCACAUAAGACCUUCCCCGUGGUCUUUGACUCUCCCAGGAACAGAGGAUUGAAGGAUUUUGCCUUUAAAAAGAUCCUGGGCCCUGAUUUUGGCUACGUGACCCGUGAACCCCCCGGGAAAAACAUCACCAGCCUGGACUCCUUCGGCAACCUGGACGUCAGCCCCCCAGUGACGGUGCGAGGGAAGGAGUACCCCUUGGGAAGGAUCCUGAUCGGCAGCCCCCUGCCUUGGGCCGCGGGCCGGAGGAUGUCCAAGGCUGUCCGGGAUUUCCUGUACGCCCAGAAGGUGCAGGCGCCGGUGGAGGUUUACUCGGAGUGGCUGAGCGUGGGCCACGUGGAUGAAUUCCUCACCUUUGUCCCGGCCUUCGACAGGAAGGGAUUCCGACUCCUCCUGGCCAGUCCCAAUGCCUGCUACAAACUCUUCAAGGAGAAGCAGAGGCAGGGCCACGGGGAAGCCACGCAGUUCAUUGGGCUGAAGGGCAGCGAGAGGAGGAGCAUCGAUGAGAUCCUGGCAGACGAGUCACUCAAGAGUGACAACAGGCACGUGCAGCGCUGCAUCGACUGGAACCGUGACCUGCUGAAGCAGGAGCUGGGCCUGAGCGAGCAGGACAUCAUCGACAUCCCCCAGCUCUUCAUCCUCAUGGGCUCCCGUGCCGACGCCCUCUUCCCGGACAUGGUGAACAUGCUGGUGCUGGGCAGGCACCUGGGCAUCCCCAAGCCCUUCGGGCCCGUGGUGGGCGGGCAGUGCUGCCUGGAGCAGCGUGUGCGGGAGCUGCUCGAGCCCCUGGGCCUCACCUGCACCUUCAUCGACGACUAUUUCUCCUACCAUGUCCUGUCCGGGGACGUUCACUGCGGCACCAACGUCCGCAGGAAGCCCUUCCCCUUCAAGUGGUGGCACGUGGUGCCUUGAGGCCCCUGGGGACACACCCAGGUCCUGCCACCGGGGAUUGAAGCUGCGUUUGGUGCAUCAGAAGAUGCAUCAAAAUGAAGGGUUUUGCCAAUAAAGCUUCUU